UAUAAAUAACCGAGAAUCAGUUGAUUAAAAAAUUAUUUCUUCAUUUGCAAGAAGUGAAAAAUGAAGGUGUGCAUUUUGCUUGUUUUAGGAGUGAUCGCAUGCAAUUUAGGUUGCAUCAAUGGCUUCAGAAAGAAGAGAAGUUUGGAUGACUAUUGUAGACUUCCCGAACGGAUUAGAAGAAUUACUUGGAAUUGUAUAGAGGAUAAUUUGCCAUCCGACGAAAGAAAUACAUAUAAAGGUAUGGCCCAAUGUUUUAAUGAAGAUAGUUUUGUUGACGUCAUGAAUAGAAUGUGUGGAAAAACAAUAAAUGAGAUUAUAGAAAUGGUAUCACCGCAUGAGGACUGUUUGAAUAAUUUGAACGUAGCUGACUUGGGUGAACCCACUGUAGAUUUAGCUGUGGUAGUUCAAUGUGUCAGAGACAAACUUGACUAGAAAAAGCAUUAACGUAGUCAUCUGUGAUUGUUCGUCGCUGAUUAUUUUACCCAAUGUUGAGCCAUGAAUUUUUUAAAAUUGAAUAUGUGUAAUUAAUUCUACGAAAAUUUGACAAUCUCUUUCAAAAUCUAAAAUUAGCGUGUGUUAAUUUAGAAAAAUUUAAAUAAACAGUUUUGUAUUAUGAA